AAAGAACCGCUACAGGGUCAGGAGACCGAAGCCGACCCGCCUGUAAGCGGCCCUCCGAUUGGCUCCUCCCCCUCGUCGCCAGUCUCUAGGCAACGGAGCCGCCGUCGCUCGGCCUGGCUCCUCGCAGCCGGCGCGGGUGGUGGUAGUGGCGACGGCGGCGGCGGCUUUCCUCGGGCUCAGCCCGUUUUUCCGGAGCCAUGUCUCUGCGGACGCUGCCGUUGCUGUUCCUCAACCUGGGCGGGGAGAUGCUCUACAUCCUGGAUCAGCGGCUGCGCGCCCAGAGCAUCCCGGGCGAGAAGGCGCGCAAAGAUGAAUGGACUGAUGUGGACAGGAGACGAGUUAUGAACGACAUCAUUACGACCAUGUUCAAUGAAAAGUUUAUGGAGGAGCUGUUUAAGCCACAGGAGCUCUAUACCAGAAAGGCCCUGAGGGCAGUGUAUGAGCGUCUGGCUCAUGCCUCCAUCAUGAGACUGAACCCACCCAGCAUGGAUAAGCUGUACGAUCUCAUGACCAUGGCCUUUAAGUACCAAGUUCUCCUCUGCCCACGGCCCAAAGACAUCCUGCUCAUCACUUUCAACCACCUGGAUGCCAUCAAAGAUUUCAUCCAAGAUUCACCCCGCAUUCUGAACCAAGUUGAUGAAACCUUUCGGCAGAUCAUUGAUACAUAUGGCCCGCUCUCUGCUGGUGAAUUUCAGCUCAUUCGGCAAACACUACUCAUCUUCUUCCAGGACAUCCACAUCAGGGUCUCCAUCUUCCUAAAAGACAAAGUCCAGAACUCCAAUGGCCAUUUUGUGCUGCCAACCUCGGGUCGAGUCCCUUGGGGAACAGAGGUUCCAGGCAUUAUCAGGCAUUUCAACAGCAAAGGGGAUGAAAUUAAAAGGACCGAGUUCACUCAUGGUGGGAAUUAUGUACUUCCACAACGGGAAGGCUCAUUCGACCUUUAUGGAGACCGAUUCCUUAAACUGGGAACAAACAUGUACAGUGUCACCCGCCCAGUAGAAACACAUCCAUCGGGGGCAGCUAAAACUUUGGCAUCCCACAUAAAGGAGAAGGCGGCUCCCAACCCUCUGGCUAAAGAAGAGCUGAACUUCUUGGCCCGGCUGAUGGGCGGCCUGGAGAUCAAGAAGCCCCCAGGCAGUGAGGCGGGCUUCCGGCUGAAUCUCUUCACCACCGAUGAAGAAGAAGAAUACGCUGCACUGAUGCACCCUGAGGAGUUAGCUUGCCAAGUUAUCAGCAUACAAGCAGAUCAGGACCAGCAACGGAACGAGGAACUGGCUCGCAUCAUGGGGGAGUUUGACGUGGCAGAGCAGCCUAGCCAGAGCACCACGAAGGGGGAGGACCUGCUGGCAAUGAUGGAUGAGCUGUGACCUUGGGCUCUAGAGAGCACCCCAACCUGGACCAAAAAGAAUCACCAGUCUUGCACAUCUGAUUGUGGCCAGCACCCAGCCGUUGGCCACCUGUAGGAAAGUGGGUACCAAGGCCAUCCCUUUGAGUUAGCAUGAGGACCAACCGCCUCAUUUCUGUGCUGAGCAGCAGCCGAAGGGGACCUUCAAGGCCUGCCUCUAUCCUUUGUGUACACACAGACCCCAAAUUGCUUUCCUAUUGUUUUAUUUAUUUAUUUAUUUGAUUUAUUCUCCAUAGAAACAUGUUCAAAGCAGUGUACAGUAACAGUUUCUAAAACACACACUCUUGAUCUCCCCCGCCGCCCCAUGAUUAAGGAUGUAAAAUGUGCUGUGUCAAAGUUAAUGGGCUUGUGAGUGUCUCAUAACAAGAGGAGAGAAAGCCAUGUGUUCCUUUUUGAUUGUGGGCCUGAGUGUGAUGGUAUGUUUCCAUUGAUGGUCAUAGCCAUGGGUUCAUAUUUUGCAGCAGUAACACAGGCCAGAAAUGACCUGAUCUCUGCCUUGCAGAUGAGAAACCAGCCCUCUUGCUAUGUCUGUUUCUUGUGGUAGAGGAAGGAUGGAGUGGAAGCGUAAGGUAUUCUUGAGCUAAGGUGGCACAGCCCCACAGCAGAUUCUUUAUCAUGAAUGUAGCUUGCCUGCCUGUCCUUGACACAAGUAAAUCCUCUUGGGGUCACUGAGUUAAAUAUUUAUAUCCUGCCUUUCAGUCCUGCCAUGUUCCUUUCAAGAGAUGCAGGCUAUGGAUAACCUCUCCAACUUCACAACAUCCCACCCAGGCCUUUUACAUUAAUCUGGACAGAACUGUUGCAGAGGAAUUACGCUCAUCCUCUAUAAGUACAGCCAUCCCUUGCCAACUGCAGAUUUAUGUUGUAUGUGUGUGAGUGGAUUUUUGUGGGUAGGCUUGUCUGUCAUGACCCAAGCAUAUGCAAGGUGAUGACAUUUUGUUCAAUAAAUGCACCUUAAAUGAAA